AAAAAGGCCAGAAGGAUUAAACAUACUAAUUCGCUUUUUGAUUUAAGUGAUGAGAGAGUUUCGAAAUAUGAUAAGAAAGAGUUAUUGAGGAUCUUGGGAGACAAUCGUUAUCAUUCUUCCAAAGAUUCAAAUAUUCUUUCACCUCAACAAAAAGAUUCAAAAACUCAGAGAAGUUCGAUGUCUUAA